UGCUUGAAUUGAUUAAUGACUUUAGAAUUGCAGACUAAAGAGCUUCUCUUUUACUUAGGAGUCUCCAGAGGAGUUGGAUUCAUAAGAUUUGACAGAAGAAUUGAAGCAGAAGAGGCAAUUAAAGGUCUUAAUGGUCAGAAACCCCCCGGAGGAACGGAACCUAUUACAGUCAAGUUUGCAAAUAACCCAAGCCAGAAAACUAGUCAGGCGCUACUGUCUCAGUUGUACCAAUCUCCAAACAGAAGGUACCCGGGGCCUCUUGCUCAGCAAGCUCAAAGGUUCAGGCUGGACAACCUCCUUAACAUGGCAUAUGGAGUAAAAAGGUAAAUUCUAACAUGCAUGUU